AAGAUAUAUUUGUAUUCGUAAAUAGAGGAAAAGAAUAGAGAUACGUGAUUCGUAGUAAGAGAAAGUACGAUUGCGCUUCUUUUAAAUAUGCUUGCACUGUUACGAUUGAUGGCGGGAGGUAUGAGAGUACAAGCAAAGUUAGUAGGCGCAGCUUAACGAUGCUCAUUGACGCUGUUGCUUUUAAAAACUAACAAUAAGAGAAAAAGAAAGAGAAAGAGAAAAAGAGAGAGAUAGAUCUUUGAUUUCUGACCAUGACGAAGCGCGAUCGCAAGAGAUUGAAAUCCUUCCUUCGCGCCGUAACACGUGCGCAUGGAAAUUAUUCUACGUUUGAAGCGACAAACGCGUUCAGUGACAUCGCAUCUAUCGCGACUGAUCGCAGCGUUGUUUAAUCCCUGCGUCAUCGUACAUGACCAUCGAUACAAUCAGUCGUUGCUGGCCGAUCGAAAUAUGUUCGUUGUCUAAUGACUAUCCGUAUGUCUAUGAUAACUUAUUUUGAUCUUACCAAUGAAUAUUAUCGUUAUUCUCAAAAAUUAUCCUGAAACAUAAGACUUCCUGAUUAUAACUUUAAUGGAUGGAGAAGAAAAUUGUCAACAGAAUAAAGAAGCUUGCGGGAAACAUGGAUUAAAAUCAACAAUGCAAACUGAAGGAGAAAGUGUUCAUUACGAUUCUCCUAGUACAUCUACACAUGCAGAUCUUGGAGAUAUGACAUUUUAUAUGAGUAAUUACCUUAAGGAUGCUAUGAAAAUGAUGUUUAUGAUGAGAAGUCAUCAUAUGCUUACCGAUGUCAUACUUGAAGUAGGAACAGAAUUAUUUCAUGCUCAUAAGGUUAUUUUAGCUGCUGCCAGUCCAUAUUUUAAGGCCAUGUUUACUGGUGGAUUAAAAGAAAGUGAAAUGACAAGGAUAAAACUUCAAGGAGUUUGUCCAACCGCCAUGGCUCGCUUAAUGUGUUUUAUGUAUACUGGUCAAAUAAGUGUAACAGAAAUAACUGUGUGUUCUUUACUAUCCGCUGCUACAAUGUUUCAAGUUAGUAAUGUAAUAGAUGCAUGUUCUGUAUUUUUGGAAAGACAAUUGGAUCCUACAAAUGCAAUUGGAAUUGCAAAUUUUGCAGAACAGCAUGGUUGUCAAAAUUUAUAUCAUAAAGCAAAUCGAUUUAUCGUACAACAUUUUAAUCGGAUAUGUCAAGAAGAAGAGUUCUUGCAACUUUCUGCGAUGCAGUUAGUAUCAUUGGUACGAAAAGAUGAACUCAAUGUUCAAGAAGAAAGAGAAGUUUAUAAUGCAGUUUUGAAAUGGGUGAAAUACAAUGAAGAAGCAAGAGGUCCUAAGAUGGAACAUAUAUUACAAGCUGUACGCUGUCAGUAUCUUACACCAAAUUUUCUGCGCGAUCAAAUGAAAAAUUGUGAUGUUUUAAAGAAAGUGCCUGCAUGUCGUGAAUACCUUGCUCAAAUAUUUAAAGACUUGACGCUUCAUAAAAAACCAAUAGUGAAAGAAAGAACACCUAAUACGCCAAGAGUAAUUUAUAUAGCUGGUGGAUUUUUACAACAUUCUUUAGAUGUUUUAGAAGGAUAUAAUGCAGAUGACAAAACAUGGACUACGCAUUCAACACUCAUAUUUCCACGUUCUGGAUUAGGAGGUGCAUUCCUAAAAGGCAUGUUUUAUGCUGUUGGUGGUAGGAAUAAUACGCCUGAAACUAGAUACGAUUGUGAUUGGGCAGAUCGAUACAAUCCAUUAACAGAUCAAUGGAGAACUUGUAGCCCAAUGUCAGUUCCAAGAAAUCGUCUUGGAGUUGCUGUUAUGGAUGGAUUAUUGUAUGCUGUAGGUGGUAGUGCUGGUGCAGAGUAUCAUAACAGUGUUGAAUGUUAUGAUCCAGAUCAAGAUAUGUGGACUAAUGUAAAACCUAUGCAUAUUAAGAGAUUAGGUGUUGGUGUAGCGGUUGUUAAUAGACUACUUUAUGCAAUUGGUGGCUUUGAUGGAAAGAAUAGACUUAAUUCUGUAGAAUGCUAUCAUCCUGAAAAUGAUGAAUGGACAAUGGUUUCAUCUAUGAAAUGUAGUCGUUCAGGAGCAGGAAUUGCUAGUUUAGGUCAAUAUAUAUAUGUCAUAGGUGGAUAUGACGGAUCGUGCCAAUUAAAAUCAGUUGAACGAUAUGAUACAGAACGUGACGUGUGGGACUAUGUCAGUAGUGUUUCUAUUGCACGUAGUGCAUUAAGUGUUACAGUUCUUGAUGGAAAAUUAUAUGCAAUGGGAGGUUACGAUGGAUCAUCGUUUUUAAAGAUCGUUGAAAUUUAUGAUCCUGUUAAAGAUCAAUGGGAACAGGGAAUAGAUAUGACAUUUGGAAGAUCUGGUCAUGCAAGUGCUGUGUCUUAUCAUUUAUGUCCAAUACAUUGCGAUUACUUAGAUCAUAAUAUAACUUUGAACGGAGGUCCAUUAUGAUAUAAUUAUAUAAUUUUAAUGCUAAUUUAUAUAUUAAUAAGCCAACAACAAAAAAUGAAAUCAUUCUUGAAAAGGAAAAUUAUGAAAAAUCAAUAUAAAAAUUAGAAAAAAUAUCCAAUCAUAAUUGAUCAAAGGUAAAAUGAUAAAAGUAUGAAUACUUGCACACAACCAGACUGAUAUAUGUAUUUUUGGUAAUAGUGUUAAAUUAAUCUAGUUCCUAAGGUCUAUAAUAAGUAAUAAAGGCCAAGAUUUAUACUGGAAGCCCAGAUAAGUAUAUUUAAUAUAAAUAUCAUGUAAAGAAGCUCGUGACGUCCAUUAAGAUAGGUUCACUUGUAAUAUGUAAAUCAUUUUUAUAAUAUUAUAAAUAAUAUUUAACAUGUUGUACAUAUUUAUAACAUAAAU